AUGACAACAACAUUAUUUCAAUUGAAGAAGAAUAACCAAAUUCAAUUUUUCAUUAACACUAAAACCACUCCUACAACCAAUCGUAAAACUGAAAAACUCACUGCUAUUUCUACUUGUCUUGAUGAUAUUAUUAAUGAUAGAAAACCAACGCUCUCAUAUGAUAUAGUUUAUAACUACAUUUCUAACUUAUGCUAUUCUCCUGAAGGAAAUAUUAUUGAACAAAUCACAAGUAUUGUAGAUUCAACCCUUACUUCAUUGUCCUCAUUAACUAAACAACGAUUAGUAAUAGAGCCAUCUCUGACUCAACUCCAUCAACAAUACAUUAUAUUUUCAAAGAAAUUAGCUCUUUUACGAAAUUUACUUCUUCCUUAUGAUCGUAUUAGUAAUAAAGACCCAUUAAUUUUAAAAGCAUUUGGUUUAUUCCGUGAAGUUGUGUUAUCAAACAAUACAAAUACUAUCAUUGAUAUGUUAAUUGUUCUUAUUAACACUUUAAGAGGAAGUAAUUAUGAUAAUAAUAUUGUGUCUUCUCUUGUUAGGAUGAUGUUUGAUUGUAAUUUACAAAACCAGUUCAAAGACAAAUUAUUAAAAUCUACAAGUGAAUUUUACUCAUCUGCAGCUCAAAAUAAAAUAAAUGAAACAUUAGAAGAUUACUUAAAUGCUGUCAAAUCGAUGUUUGAUAGAGAAGAGCAUAUUGCACAAGUCCAUUACCCAACAAUGAAAAUUGACACUGUUGCUUUUACUGAAAAAGAAUUAAUGACAGAAACACUUCCAUUAAUUCUAGUAACUAAAUUAACUCAAUUAAAACAAUUUAUUGCCCAACAAAAAACUCAUUCAAUAUUAUUAUUUAUCUCAUUAGGAAGUCGAGUAAAAAAAGACGAAGACAUUCAAAAGGCAUUAAUUGGUGUUAUUGUAACUUUAGGUAAAGAGUUUUGUUCAGAAAAAGAUGAAAAAAUUAAAAUUAAUAAAAUAUUUUCAUUAUAUGAUUAUCUUUCACAAUUAGAGAAACAGGCUCCAAUGAUUAAUACUAUUAUUAAAAUAUCAUUUGAAAAAUUCAUUUCAUCGUUUGAUAACGAUGUUGCUAUUGCAUUGGUAAAAUUUGCUGAUAGAAUGUUAAGAAAAGGAGGAAUGAACCAACUAUGGGCAAGUAAAAUAUUACAAAUAUUCAAAUUUCUCAAUGGAAAAGAUACGUUUGAACAACAUUAUCAAUUGUUAUUAUCUAAACGAUUAUUAUAUAAGGGAUUUCAAGCUGAAGAUGAAAAGAUUGUAUUAGAACAAUUAAGACAAGAAUGUGGUAAUUCAUAUACAUUUAAAUUAGAAGAAAUGGUUAAAGAUGUUGAAACAGGAAAAGGAUGGUAUCAAGCACUAAAUAAAGAAAUGAGUAAUAAUGGUAUGAAUGGUCAAUAUGGAAUGGUUGUUAUUAAUGGAACGUCAUGGCCAGCAUGUCCUACUAUUAAAUGUAUUUCGUUACCAAAAGAAAUAGAAAAAGGAGAAGAAGUAAUGAGAAAGUGGUAUAUUAAAGAACAUCCAAAUCGUAAAGUUGAUUUUAAUCCAUUAUUAGGAAUUGUUUCUGUAAAAGCACAUUGUUUUGGUGGUAUAGAAAUUACUAUGAAUGUAUUACAAUUUGAAAUUUUAACGAAUUGUGAAGGUAAAACUAUUAAAGAACUUAAGAGUAAAUUUGAAGGUGAAGAUGAUAUUUUAAUGUUACAAAUUAAAAGUUUAAUGGGAAAAGAGAAAUUAAUAUGUGUUCAAUCAUUUGAUGGUAAAAUAAAAAAACCUGAAGAAAUAAAAGAGGAAGAUGUUGUUAUGUUAAAUUCUAAUUAUCAUAGCAAUAAACCUAAAAUCAAAAUUAACACAUUCCAAACUAAAGAAAGUAAAGAAGAAAAAGAAAAGGUUGAUGAAAAGAUUGUUAAAGAUAGAGAAACAAGAAUUGAUGCUGUUGUUGUUAGAGUUAUGAAAAAAGAAAAGAAGAUGACUGUUUCAGAAUUGUUAACUACUAUAACACCAAAACUUGAUUUUAAACCAGAUGUAGAAGAAAUUAAACAAAGAAUAGAUAAGUUAAUUGAAAGAGAAUAUUUAGAAAAGGAUGAAAAAGAUGAAAAUGUCUUACUUUAUUUGGCUUAA